AUGGCGUCCCUCCCCAAGCAAGUCGGCCAGUUGUUUGCGGUUGGGUUUCAUGGCUUCACGCCCAGCCCCGAAAUCAAGACCUUGAUCCACGAUUACCAUAUUGGAGGCAUCGUUCUCUUCUCGCGCAAUUUUCAAGAUGCUGCACAACUCCAGGCCUUGACGCUGGCUCUACAGCAAGAAGCAAAGUUGGCCGGGCACCAGCGACCCCUGUUCAUCGGAAUUGACCAAGAAAAUGGGCUGGUCACCCGAAUUUCUCCCCCGAUAGCCGCCCAGGUGCCUGGUCCGAUGGCUCUCGGUGCCACCCAUGACCCGGAAUCGGCCUACAAGGCAGGAAAGGCCACCGGCGAGACUCUCAACGUCUUUGGAGUCAAUAUGAACUAUGCACCGGUGUGUGAUAUCAACUCUGAGCCACUCAACCCGGUCAUUGGAGUUCGCAGUCCCGGCGACAACCCGGAAUUUGUGGGUCGUUUUGCGAGUGCUGCUGCCCGGGGUCUGCGAGAGCAGAACAUUGUGCCGAGUGUGAAGCAUUUUCCUGGUCAUGGCGAUACGGCCGUGGACUCGCACUACGGAUUGCCUAUCAUUCCUAAAACGAGGGAUCAAUUAGAGCGGUGCGAGCUGAUACCAUUUCGGCGAGCUGUGGCCGAAGGUAUCGAAACGGUAAUGACCGCUCAUAUUUCACUGCCGAGUAUCGAUGACAAGCUUCCUGUGACAUUGUCCCCAGAUGCCUUGGGGAUUCUGCGCAAGGACAUGGCCUAUGAUGGAAUGGUGAUUACAGAUUGUUUGGAGAUGGACGGGAUCCGUUCUACGUACGGCACCGCGCAAGGCUCUGUGCUCGCAUUGUGCGCCGGCAGUGACAGUAUCAUGAUCUGUCACACUUUCCAUGUUCAAGUGGAAUCGAUCAAAAAGGUCUGUGAGGCGAUUCAAUCCGGAACGAUUGCACAAUCCCGCCUAGAAAAUGCCUGUCGCCGCGUGGCUCAUGUGAAGAAUAAAUUCUUGACCUGGGAUGUGGCACUGGAACAACACAAUCUCGCGGGUCUCGAUGAGCUCAACAGCGAAAUAGCUGCAACGUCCAAGGAUAUCUAUGCGCACUCGGUCACCCUCGUCCGUGACACUGCUGGAACUCUCCCGCUCUCGAGAAAUUCGAUUAUUGUAUUUCUCUUUCCUGGGGACAAGACCCCUGCAGGGGGUGCAGUGGAUGGAGAAGGGUUAGGAAGACAAGGGUCAUAUGAAGCUACAGCCUACCUCGAUGCCCUUCGGCUCCACAAUCCAUCCAUCACCGAGAUUCGAUAUGGAGAGGCCGGUCUGACGGGAGAGCAGUGGCGUCUCAUUGAAGUUGCUGAUGUGGUGAUCUUUACCUCGAUCAAUGCUCGGGAGUCGUCUUACCAGGAAACUCUGGGCCAUGAGCUGCCUCGGCGCACCCGGUCUUUGGUAUCCAUUGCUGCUUGCAACCCCUACGAUUUCCUUGAAGUUCCCCAAAUUAAGACGUACAUUGCCACUUAUGAACCAACCGUCGAAGCAUUCUCCGUGGCUUCCGAUAUCAUGUUUGGGAUGCGGGCUCCGAAAGGCUCUCUUCCCGUUGGGCCAAAUGAUUCGAGAAAUUCCGUGGCAUCAGUCGCACUCUUUGAUGCCACAAAGGAUCUAGAUGGAAUUGUGAGAACAUGGGAAGCGGCCUUACCGACCUAUACCCUGCCUGCAGAAAGCCUACGCUAUUUGGUGGCUUGGCCGAAUGCACACCACUUCGUCGCCCGCGUUGGGCCAGAAGUCGUUGGCUUUUGUCUUGCCUAUACCAAUGCUCACGGCGACCCAAAAACCGUCCACAUUGCAGUUGUUGCAGUGGCUCCAAAGUAUCAAGGACAGGGGAUUGGCACGGCCUUGCUGACAGAGACCCGUUCCUAUUUCAGGGCUCAAUUUGGUCUCAACUGGGUGGAACUGGGUAGCUCAUUCCCUCGCUUCUGGCCUGGAGUGCCUCGCGACCUUCCCGAGACCGUCCAAGACUUUUUCAUUCAUCGUGGUUUUCGGCUGAUCCCCCCGGGUGAGCGGUCCGUUGACCUGUACCAAGACAUCCGCAAAUUCCAGGCACCAGAGAAGUACCUUGCUCGUGCGCGGGACCAAGGCUUCCGCUUCGCACCACUCCGGUCAGAAGACUAUGAAGCAUGUCUCGUCGGACAAAAGAAAAAUUUCUCCGACAAACCGGGCUGGGUAGAAAUGUUCGUCAAGCUCCACCCGAGCGAACACCCGUCCAGUGUGAUGACAGCGUUCGAUUCGAGUGGUGAACAGGUUGGAUGGACGCUGAUGUUGGGCCCGUCUUCGCCGGUACUGAACAAGACGUGGGCAUUUCCUCAAACCUGCGGUCCCCAGACGGGCUUGAUUGGCUGCGUGGGUGUGGACGCCGCUCAUCGCAAGUCGGGGAUCGGGCUGGCCCUGCUCUGUCAUGCUAUGGAGGAUAUGAAACAGCGAGGUAUUGAGGGCGUCUUUGUGGAUUGGGUUGCUCUGGAGGGAUGGUACGAGCGGGUUGGGUUUGAGGUUUGGCGGAGCUACCGGCCGGGGGAUAUUUGA